UCAAAAUCAUAUUGACUUGAUGUGGCAUAACAAAAGCAGAUAAUCUCCACUUUCUCACUAAAAAUUUAAUUUUUCCUUAUUUAUUGGUGCGUGAAGAAACAACGAAAAGAUGCCGCCAGUCCGAAAGCCGAACGAAGGUCUCUUGGCCCGCGUAAAUUUCCCUCUGUACUCUGUGGAAAUGCUGACAUCGAGACACGUCCUUGUUGCUGGCGGUGGCGGAAGUAGCAAGACUGGCGUCGCAAAUGGCUUCGAAAUCUACGAAUUGUAUCACAACGGGACGUCAUUUGUGGCAGAGGAAGUGUUGCGACACGAAACUGGACCAACUGUCGUCAUGAAUUGUGCAAUUCGACCGGAUGAGCGACGAACUUUGCUGGUUGCGGGUCAAGAAAGUCACUGUCAGUUGUACAUGAUUAACACGAAAAUUGUCUCGGAUGGCGACGAAGAAGACACGAAAGAGGCAUCUGGUGAAGCAAAUGGCGUGCGAAAUCGUAAAGCAAGCGCUAAAACAUCAGGAGUGCAAAAAAUUCCCACAAAUAAACGAAUAAUGUUCGAAGUCAAGGCUGGGGACUCGAUUCAAACGGACUUUGCAAAGCCAGAUCCGUUACAACGUGUCGUCAGAAUCAGCCCGAAUGGCAAAUUAAUGGCAACGGGAGGCAUUGACGGGUUCAUUCGCGUUUGGAAUUUCCCGUCAAUGACAAAAAUCACCGAUAUUAAGGGACACUCGAAGGAAAUUGAUGAUUUAGACUUCAGCCCUAAUAGCCGCUUCUUAUGUUCCGUAGCGAAAGAUGGUGCUGCAUCGAUUUGGAAUCUCCAAUCGGGGCAAGAAGCGACAAAAUUGACCUGGACUCCACCAGAAGGCAUCAAAUAUCUCUUCAAACGAUGCAAAUACGGGACAAUCGAAGGUCGCAACGACAAAUUCCGUCUUUUUACGUUAGCAAAUCCGCUUGGAAAGUCCGGAAAAAUUAAGGGAUUCUUGCAAUCGUGGAAUAUUGACACAGGAAAGCUCAAUAGUAUUGUCGAUAUCGAUGAAAGUCUUGCUGCGUUGGCUGUUCGGGAAGAUGGCAGAUUUGUAGCUGUCGGAACAAUGUUCACCGGAUCCGUUUCCAUCUACAUCGCAUUUAGCUUGCAACGCGUGCUUCACAUUCCAAAUGCGCAUUCGAUGUUUGUGACGGGACUUGCCUUUUUGCCCGUUACAGAUAUCGAUGGUCCAGCCAUUUCGAGCAACACGGAAGCCUCAGUGGUGUCUAUUUCCGUCGAUAAUCGCGUUUGCAUUCACAGUUUGCAGUACCGACAUACGUUACCGGAAUGGUUGGCCAUUAUUUUAAUUAUUGUUGUGCUGUUUAUGACUUUUGUUUUUUGUUCGUACAUGGGAAUCUAACUUUUUAGGAAAUUUUGCUGGUUGGCUUGAAUUAAAAAGCUUUAAAAUAAAUUAAAUUAAUUAUUGAAAAGCAA